AUGAAAAAGUUCCCAUACGCCCUCAAAGCCCUCCCCGAUGUCCUAGCGUCGAAAUGGGAGGACCCGACUUUCAUAUCCUACCGUGACGCUUUCCCCGAGUCGGCCACCUCGUCGCCUGAAGCAUUCGAAGCCCACGUCAAAGACCUCACCGAGAGGGAUGUAAAGAUUGCUUACCUAAAGAACUUACAAGGCUAUCUGUGGGAAAAUGGAUAUCAGACGCAUGUCUACUCGACGCCCAUUUACCCUGACGUCCUGACUGCUCUGGAAGGUUGGCAUUCUUCUCCCACAUCCGACAACGGCAACGACACCAGCAAAGAGAUAGCCAUUUACAGUAGCGGGUCAAUUUUCGCACAAAAGCUUCUGUUUCAACAUAUCAAAGACCCCUCUUCGCCAAACGAUCCCAAGGCCGUCUUUGACCGGCGGGACAUCAUUAAAGCGUGGUUUGAUACGACAAAUGCGGGUCUCAAACAAGAGGCUAGCAGCUACGAAAAGAUCGCGGCAGAGCUCAGCCGAGAUCCGAAGGAGAUUUUGUUCUUGAGUGACAAUGUGAACGAGGUGCGCGCGGCGACCAAAGCGGGCAUGAAGGCGGCACUGGUAGACAGGCCAGGAAACGCGCCGCUCUCUGAUGCGGAGAGAGACGAAUUUGAAGUGGUGGGGAGCUUUGAGCAGAUUGAGCUCUGA